CACGCUAGCGCUCUCUCUCUCUCUCUCUCUCUCUCUCUCUCUCUCUCUCACACACACACACACACACACACACACCCUCGGUCCGGCAGUACUAAGGCUGCUCGAUUCCCUGGAAAAGGCGAUCGAGCGCCCUCCGGACCGUUGCGCGCACCCCUGCUGGGGCAGUGCGCCCGACGCAACGCUGGUCUCAGUCCUCAGCGCUGCCACUUCGACCCGCAGUUACCGAAAAUAAAGCGUGGAGGGAGGGUACAGACAGAUCCUGGAAACACCCUGGCCACACACGCCGCGACUUAAGCUCAUUCUCAGCGUGCGAGUGGAGAAGGCGUCUACAGCGCCCUGCGCUGGUGAGGUCCGCGCUGCGCCCCAGGAAGAGCCCACCUGCCAGUCGGUGAUCUGCCAGCGCAAAAAGUCGGGCUAGUGGCUGUCCUGCUCAGGCAGUGUCGGGACUCCGGGAGCUCCUCUCCCCAGCAAGUUUGGAGUUCAGCCUUCGACUCUGCCGCUCGCCCCUCGCGUCUUCUUGCAGUCCCCGCGCGACUCGGAGAGCGGACGCGCAACACCCGGACCUCGCCACACCCGGACCUCGCCAUGGCUGGGGCGCACUGGCUGUUCUGUCUGUGGCUGAGCUGCUUCGGCGUGAGUCUGGGGCAGGGCGACAGGCACAAGCAACAUUCCCCAGACCUCCGCAAGGCAGUGCCAGGCGGCCACACGGCAGGUGACGACUCGGACCCCGUGCUGCCACCGCACGAUAAGGUGUCAGAGCACAUGCUAAGGCUCUAUGACAGGUACAGCGGCGGCGGCAAGGCCGAGGCAGCCUGGACCCCAGACUCCUCUGGCCGGGGCUCGCAGCCCCUGCGCCCUAAGACCCUGCGCGAAGGCAAUACAGUUCGCAGUUUUCGAGCGGGAGCAGCAGGAAUUCUGGAAAGUAAGGGACUGCAUAUUUUUAACCUGACUUCUCUAACCAAGUCUGAAAACAUUUUAUCCGCCACACUGUAUUUCUAUAUCGGAGAGCUAAUAAACAUCAGCCUAAGUUGUCCAUUGUCUCGAGGAUGUUUACAUCAUGCUCAGAGGAAACAUUUUCAGAUUGAUCUCUCUGCAUGGAUCCUGAAAUCCAACAGAAACCUAAGUCAACUCCUGGGUCACCUUUCCGUUGAUGUACCUAAACCUCAUCGAGACUUUGUGUCCUGGCUGUCUAAAGACAUCACUCAACUCUUAAGGAAAGCCAAGGAAAAUGAGGAAUUUCUUAUAGGAUUUAACAUUACCACAAAAGGACACCAAUUGCCAAAGAAAAUGUUACACUUUCCUGAGCCUUAUAUCUUGGUGUAUGCCAAUGAUGCUGCCAUUUCUGAGCCAGAGAGUGUUGUAUCAAGCUUACAAAGACACCGGAAUUUCCCCACCGGAGCUGUGCCCAAACUGGACAGCCAUAUCAGGGCUGCCCUUUCUAUUGAACGGAGGAAGAAACGCUCUACAGGGGUCCUGCUGCCUCUGCAGAACAAUGAGCUUCCUGGUGCAGAAUAUCAGUAUAAGGAGGAAGAGGUGUGGGAGGACAGGAAACCUUACAAGACCCUUCAGACUCAGCCCCCUGAGAAGAGUAAGAAUAAAAAGAAACAGAGAAAGGGACCUCACCAGAAGAGCCAAACACUCCAAUUUGAUGAACAGACCCUGAAGAAAGCAAGAAGAAAGCAAUGGAUUGAACCUCGGAAUUGUGCCAGAAGAUACCUGAAGGUGGACUUUGCAGAUAUCGGCUGGAGUGAAUGGAUUAUCUCCCCCAAGUCCUUUGAUGCAUAUUAUUGCUCAGGAGCAUGCCAGUUCCCCAUGCCAAAGUCUUUGAAGCCAUCAAAUCAUGCUACAAUCCAGAGUAUAGUGAGAGCUGUGGGAGUCAUUCCUGGAAUUCCUGAGCCUUGCUGUGUACCAGAAAAGAUGUCCUCGCUCAGUAUCUUAUUCUUUGAUGAAAAUAAGAAUGUGGUACUUAAAGUGUAUCCUAAUAUGACAGUAGAGUCUUGUGCUUGCAGAUAACCUGGCAGAGAACUCAUCUAAUGCUUAACUCAAUCAUUAGUUUAUUUUUAUGGACUUUUUUUUUGCACUGCCAAUGAAUUUCAUUCCGAAAGAUUUUUUAUAGUCAGAAGAGAAUGAUCAAAUAGACUGAUACUUUCCACCAAGGAAAAGUGAACUGUAUUUGUUUCUGAAUGUAACAAAAAAAAAAAAAAAAAAAAACCCAGAUUUUAGUAAAUGUGGAUAUCUAUUUCUUUUUUUAAUUACAUGAGAAAAUGAUCACUUAAACUGUUUUUAUAACUGUUAAAGAACACACUGAUUUAUUUUUGUAAUGGGCUUUGAAAAUAGAUUGGAAAACAACAACUUAUCAUUUAUUUCUUCUCAUAGAGAAGAAUAACUACAUAUUUUGAUGUAGGCUUAUUGUCUUAGAUUUCUGAGUAACUCAACAAGAGCUUAAUAGUCUAACCAACUUUGAUGCUUAUCUUGAACAGUUUUGGGACUUGUUUACCUGUGUUUCUCCUCCACAUUUCAUUGUGUGAAUAGUUGAGUGGAGAGUGUGUGAUGAGCAUGUUAGUGUAGUUGUAUGUGUGCCUGCUCCCUCUGGAGGGAGGUUUGCUUCACAUGGUUUUAUACUUCCACCUACACAGAAUUCUUCAUUUUCUUUUUCUUCUUUGGCAAGCACCAUUCAAUAUUGAAAACUUUACCAAAAAGCAUAAAGUAUCCCAAGAGCAUAUGCAGAGUUAUCAUUUGACCCAGCUGGUAUAUUGGAAAUACAGUUGUUUUCAUUUCUUUAACUCCCAGAAAGGGAACCAGCAAUGCAGUUUUCAAAAACCUGUGUAAUUUCUCCCCUAUGCUCUUUUUCACAGUGCUUUCAUUUGUUAUCUUAAAUUGAAUUCAAGAAUCCUUCCUAAAUUUUUAAUUCUCUUCAUAGACCUUACUUCCUGGGAAGCUUCCAGUAGACACUGAGGAUCAAAAACAAUGGAUUAUUAGAGAUUUCUUCAAAUGACCAAAUUAAUCACAGCCACAUAAUCAAUAUCAUUCUUUAGCCACAUCCAGGUCCAUGCAUUUUUUUUACAUUGAUGAAGAUUUUUGGUUCAACACUGAUAUCGAUCGUUUAGCAAAGCUCACUAAAAAUGAUCCACUGAGAAAGGAAGUCUAAUAUAGAUACUUUGAUUUUUCCCAUUCCCGUUUGUCCUAGUAUCUCCUUCUCAUACUUUGCCCUUGAAAUUGUUUAAAAAAUCUUUCACUCAUUUUAUUUAUGUGUGCGACAGAGAUGUUUUCAGGCUGUGGAUUGUUGAUGUUUUAUCUGUUUUAAUCGUCAUCUCUGCUGAUUAGAAAUUACUAAACCAUUUCAGAGGCUGUGAAGACACGGGAUUUUGUUGUGUCUCUGCUUCUCACUAUUUUUGAUGGGUCAUCAUUUAAUGAUUAUUCACUGAGCAUUUAUUUUGUAAAAGGCAGUAAGUUAACUGUCUUUAGUGUCCUCAUUGGUAAAAUGUAGAGACUAACUCGUUAGGACGGAAGAUCCUUCUGGUAUUGAAAGCUUGGAUUUGUAAAACUAGCUAUUUCAUUCGUAUCCUCCUAGAAUGGAUGAUGGUGAUAGCGCUAAAAACACUGCAAGUAUGUCUGUUCAUAAACCAAAGGCAAAAACAUCCUACACUUCAGUGUUAGUGAGUACAGCAUUUGCUUUAGUGUAAGUAGUAUUUCCAUCUCACUGGAAACCCAUAAAAAGAAGAGAACCAAUUUAAAAAGAAGCUCUUUCACGCUUUGGUAAUACACAAAGUUCGGUGCAUAUUAAUUCAGAGAAUGAGACACACGAGUUGUAAAUAAUGAAUUAAGUUCUGGUGGCUGAGUUCCUAUGGUUUUUGUAGUUCAUUUUUUAUUCUGAUAACAUAAAUUUUAUGAUUCAAAAUGAGGGAGGAAUAAGAGAACUUUUAAAAUAAAAUUUAGAAAGCAAAAUUAUGUAAUAGAAGCAAGUGAGUAUGUGGUCACCAUAACCUGGUCCUGUUGUCUUUCAAUAAAGAAAACUUUUUCAUUGGCAGAUUUGAUAGAAUUCUUAAUUUAGUUUUUUCUAGAGAUAUAUCAUCCUAAACCUCUAGCAAUUCCCAGUAUUACUUCUUAAACUUAUUCUAUCCAGAUGCCUGUUACUAUCUUAUUUUGAUUUGAUGCCUACUUAUUAGAGAUAAAAUCCUUCCAAUGGUCAAAAAUAUCCCCUAAAAAUUUCCAAAUAGAAAUUAAGAUUUUGUUUUCAGUAGCACUGUAAAUGAAAAAUCAUUAUACAAGGAAAGAGCGUAGCUAGUUCCUUAGCAAUCAAACUAGUUUUUGGCUCAUAGUUAUUUCUGGAAGGUCUUGUAUACAUCAUUUCACUAAUGUGUUGAGGACCUAUUAUGGUAUUAGUGAGAAAUAUCUUAUUCCCAAAGAAUAAAAGGCUUACUGUUCACCUAUGGGUGUUACAGUAAGUGAGUUAAUACAUUAAUACAAAUUUAUAUAAAAUAGUCAGAAAAUUGAGUGACUAACAAUUUGCUAGGUAUUAAUGUCUAUAUAAUUACUAUGAAGUGACAGUGGUGAGAACAGAGUAUAAGUGCCAUUUCCUCAGUCAUAUGUCCCUCACCCUCUGCCUCUCAGUCUCCUUCUUCCUCCCCCCUCCACUCUCCCAACCAUCCUCCAUUCCCAUUCCUAAAUGUGAGAACAAAAACACAUAGUCACUUAAAAAAGGAAUUGUUUUUUCAAUAAUCGUUCUCUCGAAUUCAAAUUCAGGGGCUGCUGAUGUCAAUAUAGAAUUUUUGAUGUCAAUAUAGAAUUUUCAAAGUAUUUUAGUGUAAUUUGUGUAAAUAAUAUGCAAUUUACAGGAUUUGGGGUUGAAGAAUUUAAACUGGAAGAUUGGAUUCCCCUUAUCUCUGGCCUACAAUAUUCCAGAUAAUUUUUAUACUCAUCUAGCUAUAGAUUAAAUGAUAAUCAUUUAUUCACUAAGAUCUUUACCUUAAAGUUUCUGUUGACCAUUUAACAUUUUCGUAGACAAUGAUAUGUGUAUAAUGCAAUUAUCAGUAUGUCAUAAACAGUUUUGUAGAAUAACAUAAUUCAAUUUAGUCUUCCUGCCUUCAAUUUUUUCUAUGCUAACAAGUAACUAACAUCUGGAUAUUAACUUCCUGGUUGAAUCAAGGUUAGGUUAGAGAAAUAGCUAGCUAUGCACACCUGAUGUGUAAGAUUAAAUAAGAAAUCUUGGGUUAAGUCUGACUUCUCUGUAUAGCUUCUUUCCCCUUAAGAAUCGUAUUUUAAUGUAGCUCAUAGGUGAUUAAACAGCGCUUCUUUUCUAAAAACCAAGGCUUCCCUUCAGUUUUCCAUACUAGUUUCUGUAAAUGUUUUAGUUAAGGAGUUAAUGCUUGUACAGUUGACAGCAAUUGAAUAUAUAUAUAUAUUAUAUAUGUAUAUGGAAAAACUUUAAAGAUGCUUCUAAUUUAUUUAAUGACUGUUGCCUUCCUAUAAUUGUAAUAAUGUCCAUCCUUAGAUGGUGAGGAAAAAAAUCUUUUUACUAUGGUUAUUACAUGCAAAAUGAAAUUUGGUCUUCAGUUAAAUCCAUAAAUGGGGCAUAUUGCAGCGAAACUGUGAAGGACACUUCACUACUGAUGUACGAGCUUUGCUGAAUUUGUAUCACUUUCCUGCAGUAAUGGAGAGCUUUUCAUUAUACUGUAUGAAAAUAAAAAUUGCUUAA